ACUGCAGCUGUUUAUCUGCCAAACACUGGUCCUUACAGUCUGGCCGCGCAGUCUGGUGGUCGGCCGGCGACGGAACCUGCGGUCCCAGCCUCAUGCGAUGAAGAAGUAGACGGCCUGGAACUGGCCCGGUUAGCACGCAGCCUCUGGCCACGUAAUUCCAAUAGGAAAAAGUCCGCACCAGGCAAACAGCGACCGUCCUCGGUUGUGAUCCCGAGUAACGUGAAUGUAAACAAAGUCGCCGAUAAGUCGGCCAGUGAAUUUCCACAGUUUCGACGAACCACACCGGUCGUUCGCCCGUCCCACCUCAAUUUGCGUCUCACUCCAUCCCAUGUGCCCGCAGAUCCCGUCGAUAUAUUCGGAUCCGGUGCUACCCAGGUUGAUUCACCGAUUGAAUUGGACUGGGAUCAUGAACCGGGUACCACAUCUCCUCAGGUUUCUCGAAGAGCUUCCACCAUACCCACACGUUUAGCUGAACCGACCAACGGAACAACAGCCUACGACUCGGGAUUCGAGCAGAACGACUUUGAUACCCUCGAAGGUCGCCGGUUCACCGAGGCCAAUCUGUUUCCCGUUCGACCCAGGCGUCAUGCACCGUCCUUUUCGCGUCCCGUUGCUGUUUUACCCCUAGCCGGUAGUCCAACACAGUUUCAGAAAGCGUGCAAUAAUUUGGCAACAACCGGCGAUGGUUUUUCCAAACUAUCCCAAACCAAGCGCGUACCCAGUCGCUGGGCUAAUUCGGAGGCGCUGGUCUCCGAAACCUCGUGUGUAAAUCCGAUCGCAAGCACUACGGCAAUCCCACACUCGAACCUGUUGGUUUCCCCCUCGACCUACCUUCCGGACACACUACUUAAUGGAAAUCCUCAGGCUCCCACUUGUCAUGAAUUGGUUGACUCUGGAUUUGUUGGAUUCAGCGGUUUAGACCACGAUUCGGAGGCGGGAGUUUGUCGUCCUGCGGAAUUUCUAUGGGAACAUGAAGUGUUUGAAUCUCCACGCUCGCCGCGUCUCACUUCGACUCCUUACAGUUAA